GGCCUCGCCACUCCAGCCAGCCAGUCAGCCAGCCAACCAACGGGGUCCCCCUACACCACCACCUCCUCUUCCUCUUCCUCCUCCACCCCCCCCCCCGCGAGAGGCUCUCACACACACACUCCGCUUCCGGCCCCCAAGUGCCUUAGUAACAAUGGAGCAUAAAAUGGCCGCCUGAGAGAGGGAGCGCGAGAGGCAGGCCGGAAGGAGCGCGAGACGUCGUCGCUGGCCGUUCGCGGCGGCGGGAGGAGGCGGCGGCGGAAGGAAGGCAGGCAGGCAGGCGGGCAGGCAGGCAGGCGCGGGGGACGUGACGGAGCUGCGCCUCAGGCCGCUGCGGGGUGCUGCGAAGGAGAGCGGCGGCGGCUGGACCGACAGGCGGCGGCGGCGGCGGCGGAGGAGGAGGCGGAUAUUCUACCUACUCUUAUCAACAUGGAAAGCUCAGAUUCUCAUAAUAAAGGAAGCGUUGAUCAGUCUGAAGCACAGCGUCGGAGUCAGCUGGACCGGUUGGAUCGAGAAGAAGCUUUCUAUCACUUUGUAAACAAUCUGAGCGAAGAGGAGUACAGGCUAAUGAGGGACAACAACUUGUUAGGCACCCCAGGUGAAAUAACUGAAGAAGAGUUGCUCAGAAGGCUGCAGCAAAUCAAAGAAGGUCCACCACAGCAAAACAGCGAAGACAAUAGAGGUGCAGAGUCCACAGAAGAUGUCUCCAAUGGCGAUUCCAUAAUAGAUUGGCUUAAUUCGGUGCGGCAGACUGGGAAUACGACACGAAGUGGGCAGCGAGGAAACCAGUCUUGGAGGGCGGUGAGCCGGACUAACCCAAACAGCGGGGAUUUCAGGUUCAGUUUAGAAAUCAAUGUCAACCGGAACAAUGGGAAUCCCAAUCCAGAAACGGAGGGUGAGCCAUCUGCAGAACCAGCCAAUGGGGAGGAUCUGGAAAAUAACCAAAGUGACAGUGAGACUCCAAGGUCUGAAUCUCCUCCUGUUGUCAGGCAAACGGGUUCAGAAGCAAGCCCCCCUGAAGAGCUCAGUGGAGAAGCUUCCCCCAACAGAGGCCAGAGAAGAUCAAGAAGCCGAAGUCCAGAGCAGCGAAGGACACGGGCGAGGACUGAUCGGAGCCGGUCCCCUCUUAGUCCCGUGAGCCAGUCUCCACGCAGAGUGCCCCAUAAUACAUCAUCCUCUCAGACGCCUGACCUCCCCCCAGUAAGUGAAGCCGAGGGAAGCUCUAGAACAAGGCAGCACAUGGUGAUCAGGCAGCAUACAACAACUUCGGAGGUGCCCAGCGAAAGUACAGUGCUCUUCUCCACCCCUGAGGCCAGACCCGUCCCCCAGGCCAACGGCUCUGUAGAAACCAAUGGCAGUGCAGAGGCAGCAGCUCCUGGGCAGAGGCCCCCCACAAUUGUCCUGGAUUUGCAAGUGAGACGGGUCCGCCCAGGAGAAUAUAGGCAGAGGGACAGUAUAGCCAACCGAACUCGGUCAAGGUCCCAGACUCCCAACAAUACUGUCACGUACGAAAGUGAGCGUGGAGGAUUUAGGCGUACGUUUUCCCGCUCCGAAAGGGCAGGAGUGAGAACGUACGUCAGUACCAUCAGGAUCCCUAUUCGUAGAAUCCUGAACACGGGCUUGAGCGAGACGACGUCGGUUGCCAUCCAGACCAUGCUCAGGCAGAUAAUGACUGGCUUUGGGGAGCUGAGUUACUUCAUGUACAGCGAUAGUGACACAGAUCCCGGUGGCCUGGCACCAAAUCCGAAUGUAGAAAUGGCCGAGCCACAGAAUGGAGGCGGCAGUGGAAAUAGUUCAAGUAAUGAAGGUUCCGAUGCUGGCCCUGGGGAAGCAUUUGAAAGCAACCACGAAGGGGGUUCCCCAGCUGGCGCGAGGCGGGAAGGGCGGAAUGCCAGGGGAUCCGUCACUUUUGAAGAAAGCGGCUCCCUGCCAUUCCUUAGCCUGGCCCAGUUUUUUCUGCUCAACGAAGAGGACGACGACCAGCCAAGAGGGCUCACCAAGGAACAAAUUGACAACCUAGCCAUGAGGAAUUUCGGCGCGAGCGACGCCCUGAAAACCUGUAGCGUCUGCAUCACGGAGUACACGGAAGGCAACAAGCUGCGGAAACUCCCCUGCUCUCACGAGUACCAUGUGCACUGCAUUGACCGCUGGCUGUCGGAGAACUCCACCUGCCCCAUCUGCCGCCGAGCUGUCCUGGCCUCCAGUAACCGAGAGAGCGUUGUCUGAGCAGGCUGUGGACUCUUCCGUGGAGAAUGUGGGGAGCGAGUGAUGGGCAAAGAAGCCGCCUCCAGUGGCCACUUUUUGCGUGGUGGUUAUAAAUGUAAAACAGAGAUGGUGUGAUCUUCCCUUAUGAAAAUGGAAUUAAAAAAGAGAGAAAGAAAUGUAGUGGAACCUUCUUGAUUAGGGUCCCAAAAACAAUCCUGGGUUUGUGUUGUCAAUUAAAAGAGCUGCAUUUGCCCCAGGACACUUGCCUAUUAUACAUUCUUGGUUUCCCAGCGUUAACGAGGUCCACGUCUUUCCUCCUCGCCCCAAUGUGUAGUAGUGAACAUUGAAGACCUCAGCUCUCUGCUCUUCCCUGUGAAGAAUAUAACUGGAGUCAUUUAGCUGCAUAUGGCCCAUGCUUCAUUGUGGAUUAAAACAAAAAACAAAAAAAACAACCCUCUGCUACCUUCAGAGAACAGUGGAAUUGCGCCCCUAAGUAAAUUUUAGCUCUUUUCUUGUAUAGGGUAUUAAAUAUGGUCCUGUAAAUAACACUAACGUUAGCCCUCCUCCCACUGUACAGCUGUCUGAAGCCUGGCACUAUGGCAUGCCAUAGAAUGAGCAGAUAGUUUCAUGGGGAUAUUUAUCUUGCUGUGGAAAUAUAUGAAUUGCUUAUGCUUGUUUAAAUAAACACACUUUUGUUUUAAAAACUUUAAA